AGAGAGAGAAUCCCAAACAGGCUCUACACUCAGCAUGGAACCUGACGUGGGGCUUGAUCUCAGAACCAUAAGAUUAUGUCCUGAGCCAAAUGCUCAACUGGCUGAGCCACCCAGGCACCUCAGACAUGGUUCUCUUUAUUACCAUCCUUCACUGGAGCAAGGAUUAGAGCUUUCAAAUGAGGGAAGGAAGUGGCUGGGUGGAGAGCAGGAAGGGCUGGUGAAGGUGACAUUUAUUUCUUAUAUUUGAGACUAGCUGGACAGAUGAAUGGUGAUGCUACUGUAUAAAAUCAAAGAAGUGGAGGAAAGGGGCACCUGGGUGGCUCAGUGGGUUAAGUGGCUGACUUUGGCUCAGGUUGUGAUCUUGCGGUUCAUGAGAGCCCCCUCGACAUCAGGUUCUGUGCUGACACCUCAGAUCCUGGAGCCUGCUUCAGAUUCUAUGUCUCCCUUGCUCUCUGCCACUCCCCUGCUUGUGCUCUCUCAAAAAUAAACAAACAUUUAAAGAAAUAAUAGAGAAAUGGAGGAAGAAGAGUAAAUUACAGAGGUGGGAAGAUAGGUUUGUUAAGGAGAAAAAGAUUCAGAAAUAUAUCCCGGGGAGAUGUUCAGUAGACAGUUGGGUAAUGCAGGUCAAAAACUAGAAAUAAAUUAGUCAAUAAGUAAAUAAUUCUUAACUUGGCUCCAUCUUCUCUAGGUCACUGCCCCAUGUUCAUCCAGGACUGGUGGCUCAUGCCCUCUUCACCCCACACACUGUUCCCUGUCAUUGUCCUGAGCAGCUUUGUCCUGCCUCACAGUCCAUUGUUUUUCUCAGCAUCAUGACCUUUAUCCUAAUGUAUCAUCAGACAUAGUCUGGACCUUACUUUGACUGUGACGUAGGCCAGCUUGAAAGCUGGAAGUUUACAAUCCUACUCUUUGACAACACUGUCUGGUCUUUUCCACACACUGAACAAGCCCUUGACUAGCCAGUCUUUACUCCUUUCAUGCACUACAUAUCCUCCUAGCCCUUUUCUACCCUGCCUGAAGGCCCUGGUGAAUGAUUUCUACCACACUGUGCUUUACGCAGUGAUCUCCUGGUGCCUGCCCAAUCCCCAAUCUCACCCCCUGCUCUUAGGAAGCCCCUUCUGGAGACAAUCACAUCAUGUACUGAAUGCCAUUGCCAUGGCAAAUGUCAGUCUUUCCACACACACAGCAGAUCUCUUCCCAGGAAGCUUCCAGAUGCCUGUCAUCUGCUCCCCUCUCAGCCCCAGCUGCUUCCCGUUGAACAGGGGCCUUUCUUUUCCCUCACAGAGGAGAAGGGCUAACUUGGGAACAUCUUCCCUCUUUUUCCUCUCUUUGAAACUUAACAUUGGUUCUCAUUUUCUUCCUUUUCCCACCUACUCUGUCCCAGAGGAAAAGAUAUCCCUUUUCUUUUCCUUGUUCUGGGUCAAUUCCUCCUCUCAUUUGAAUAUGCUGUAAUUUCUUUUCUUCUGUCCAACAAACAUGCUCAUGUGUCCUCCAUGUAAAAACAGUCCGAAUUUCCUGGUGCACCUCAAGUGCUCUAUGUUCGUUCUUCUCGAAACUGCUGACCUCCUUGAAAGUCUAUUACAUUCGUAAAACAUACAUAUUCAAGUAUCAUAUAUGUUCAUAUAUACAUUUACGUAUCCCAGCUCUCAUUCGCAGGCCUCUCGAUUUGGGUUCUGUCCUCACGAGUCUAAUGAAGCUACUCUCACCAUUAGGGACCUCCUAGCUGAUAGAUGUAAUGGCAGCUCUUCAAUUUCUAUCCCACUAGUGGCAGCUGUGAAUUUGAUACUUGUGAGCAGUUCUCUCCCUCAGCUUCUGAAAAACCCGCAUCUCUCGCCUCUGCUCGCUCUGUACCUCUCCCACCACUUCGGCUGUCUCAUCCCCUGUAUGUUCUUCUUAUCCCUUUCUAGUCUCCUUAAUUUUAGGCUGUCUUUUGUGUUCUAAGCAUUAGCUUCUUGGUAGCAGAAUUUUGUAUAAUUGCUGGAUACUUGUUGGGUUAUCUUAUCCAACUAGGCAAUCCUGCCCUAGGGGCUACGAGUCUAAUUUAGAAAUAGUCUAAUUCAGGUAUAAAAACACCAGCUGAGCCUUAUUUAAGUCUUAAGGGCAGUGCUUUGGUUUCUUCCCAUGACUUGUCCCUUGUGGCUCUCUGCCUGCUCUUCCUAAUGGGCAGAGAUCCACGUGGACUUAGUGUACAUGUCCAAUGAUAAGGCUUACAAAAGGUUUCAGGAAAGUUCUCACAGUGACAAAGAUGAAAACAGACUAAAGGGAGACUUAAAACAGGCAGUAAGCUUGAAGACAGCGUGUGGACUGCAGGUCUGUACCAAAGACCCAGUACCUGAAUGAAGCCAAACAUAAAAUGUAUGUGUGUCUGUGUUUAUGGGCAUAUGUGUGCAGAUAUGUACAUGUAUAUAUGAGUAGUGGGUUAGGUUUGGAGACGCAGAGAAGUAGAAGGCUCAGCCCUUGCUCCUAAGGGUAUAAAACAUCUCUUUAGAGGCAGAAGACCUAAAAAGAAAAGUAAUAAAGGGACAAGGAAGGCAACUACAAGCAGCAAAUAGAUGCCAAGUGUCCUAGGAGCUCAGAGGACAGAGUGAUUUUUGUGGGCUACGGAACCUGAAGCUGUUUGUAGGAAUCACGUACAUAUUGCUUCACUCUGUGGGUAAAAAAGAAGGGGCUCUCUUGCAGACAUCUAUACAGGAUGACCUUCUUGCAUGAAGAGCUGCCCUACAGAGGGAGGGAGUGAAGGGAACCCACGCCUGCGAUGGUGAGCAAGAGGAGGCCUCCUGGAAUCUGCAGACAUAAGGUGCGAUUGGUAAUUGCUGAAAAGGCAUUGAAGUGCGAGGAACAUGAUAAAAAACACCCAGGUUAAUGCCUGAUAAAGGAAGCAUGUAUUAUCCACGGGUACAACAUUAUCGAGAACUUCUUGACUCAUUGCCAAUGGAUGCCUAUACACAUGGCUGCAUUUUACAUCCUGAGCUAACUGUGGACUCCAUGAUCCCAGCUUAUGCAACCACAAGGAUUCGCAGCCAAAUUGGUAACACAGAAUCUGAACUGAAAAAACUUGCUGAAGAAAACCCGGAUUUACAAGAGGCAUACAUCGCAAAACAGAAGCGACUUAAAUCAAAGCUUCUUGACCAUGACAAUGUCAAAUAUUUGAAGAAAAUUCUUGAUGAAUUGGAGAAAGUCUUGGAUCAGGUUGAAACUGAGUUGCAAAGAAGAAAUGAAGAAACUCCAGAAGAGGGCCGCCAGCCUUGGCUCUGCGGAGAAUCCUUCACCCUGGCAGACGUUUCACUCGCUGUCACAUUGCAUCGGCUGAAGUUCCUGGGGUUUGCGAGGAGAAACUGGGGAAAUGGAAAGCGACCAAACUUGGAAACCUAUUACGAACGUGUCUUGAAGAGAAAAACAUUUAACAAGGUUUUAGGACAUGUCAACAAUAUAUUAAUCUCUGCAGUGCUGCCAACAGCGUUCCGGGUGGCCAAGAAAAGGGCCCCAAAAGUUCUUGGCACCACCCUUGUGGUUGGUUUGCUCGCAGGAAUGGGAUAUUUUGCUUUUAUGCUUUUCAGAAAGAGACUUGGCAGCAUGAUAUUAGCACUUAGACCCAGACCAAAUUAUUUCUAGGCUUGUAGGGAUCUCAUGGUGGCAACUCAUCCAGCUAUUCAACUAGACCCUUGUCCACUCUUCCAGGCCCAGUGGAGAAUGACCCUGGGCAAUUAGUAAAAAGCAUAAUUUACUUUACUCUUUGGAUAGUUUAUGUGGGGAGAGGAGAUAAUGAAAGUGUUUUUGUGGGCUGGUAACUUUGAGGUCACUUAUUUGAUAACCUGAACUAAUCCAUCCUUAAAAUGUGCAAGGUCAAGAUAAUGUAAAUGUGACAGAGAAUCAGACCUUCAACUCAAAAUGUCAGUUCAAGUUCUGAAUUAUUUUGGGGGAGAAGGUUCUUACUAUAAGCAGACAGUAAUAGCCUGUGAUUGCCCAUAGCUGUUCAUUUGAGACUAUCUGGAUGUGCUGAGUGUUGAGUAGUUAGCAACAUUUUCCACUGGAAAUUCAGAGAUCACCUUUGUUUUAAACCAGUUCAGAUAGUGGCAGGGGCACAGGAGCACGUCAUAUGAUCACUGUUAGCUUCAGGCAGAAAUAAGUAACACAAAGGGAACAGGGAGAAGGACAAGAGGGAAAAUGAAGUCUGUAUAGUGAAGAGCGGUAGAAGGCAACUGCCAGGUGCCUCCAACACAAUUCAUGGCUGCCUGUCCCCUUAGUAAACAUUACAUUUGACUACUUGUGGCCAUUGCCCACAUAUCUUCCUGUAAUUGAGAAACUUGGGAAGAGACUAGGGAGUUACUGGGGGAGUGGACUGGAGAAAACCCUGGGCUUUACACCCAGAGCUCCUCAUCUGACCUUAGUAUUAAUUUUAAAUGCAUAUGAAUCACACUAUUUUAAUAAGAUUAACCGCUUAUGUACUUGGGUGUGAAAUGCCUACUGGAACAUUUCUGCUUAGCAUUUACAUGACAUAAAAUGGUUCCUUUCUUUUCCUCAUAGUUCCCUAAUUGGAUGCUGCCUGAGAAAUAUCACUCCUAUGAACCGUUUUCUCCAGUCACUGGGGGUCCUGGCUUCUACAGCCUCUUUUAGCACACAAGUGGGAGUCAGGUGAAGGUCCCUGCUAAUCCCUAGCAUGGCACGUGGCUAGGUAGUAGGUGUUUGAAUGAUCUGGGAGCACCAAAUAUGCUUAUUCUGAUUUUGAAGAAGCUGGUGUGUUAAAAAACUGUUGUCUAGGCCUUGCAUCUGUUUAUUGUUAUUAGCAGGGCCUUAAAAGGUUAAAGAGAAAGAAAAAGUUAGAGAGAAAGAGAAAAGUGUAGUCUUAGCCCAUUAGGGGAAAUGAAAUAAGCCAAUAGUGAUGUCCACUUGUAUUCUUCAUGUGUGUCUAGGCAUUUCAGGGGUACCUCAGUCCAUCUGGAAGGGAUAAUCCCAGUGUGUCCCAUGAACAACUAUGGAAUCAUACAGUUUGUGCUUAGGAAAAAUUUUUCAUGGUGACAGCAAGAUACAGUUUCCCUGGCAUUGCCCUGAAAGGAAUUGGGGGGAUAGUUUUAGGUCUCUGGCAGGAAGUAUGUAUAGAGAAUGAUGAGCUAAGGUUCAAGAAAAUAACAAAAGCUUGGAUUGCCUCAGGCUGGCUCUGCAAAAUAGCCAAAGAAUGUACUGACUUUUUUUAUUAAUAGGAAACAGUCAAACUUAGGAAACAAUGACUUUUGAUGGUAAAAUGAGUCUAUAAUUCCAUUUCAUGAAUCAGUUGUUUUUAGAAAAUCUUGAGGAAAUGGAUGUUCCUUGUUUACAAAAAUUGAUAACAUCUCAGUGUAAACUUAAUCCAAUAAUAACGAACAGACUGGCGGCUUUUAGAAUGUCUUAAUUUUGCCCCUCCCGUGCACUGUCAUAUAGAGUAGUUGGAUUUGUUUGUUGCUGGGACAUUCCAAUCCCUAUGUUCAUAAAAGAGCCACAAAACUGAUUAUUCAGUAGUUUAUAGUGUUUCAGAGAUCUUUAUAUCACCCUGCGAGAAGCAAGAAUUCAGACAUGAAGAAGACAAAGUUGGAUUUUUAUAAAAAUCUACAAAGGGUAUUUACCUAUGUAAAAGUUGUUGAUCAAGAAUAAAGAUUAGAAGCCCAGUGAUGGCUUUUCCUUAAAUUUACUGAAUCAGAGAAAGUAUACUGGGAAGUAUAAUUUUCUGAUACGGUUUCAUUGGAAAUAUGCUUGUGUCAAUAUUAAAGAUGAUGCAUCAUGGUGAUUUCACUUGUUUCAUGCAUACCCAUGGGUUUAGACUUAUAAAAUGUUAGGGGACAUAAUGACCACUAGAUGCCACUGUUCACAUAGUAGUCUUAGAUCGGGCAUUCUUUAGGUUCAGCAAACCUAAAAUUGCUCAAGUGAAGAUAAACGUUAAUGACCUUAGUUUCUGAAAUGAGGGCAUCUUCAUCAGAUCAUUCAUCUGUACAAAAGCUUGAGGCACAUGUAGUAUUGAUUUCUAAUGCUUUAGAAGGGAUAACAGUACCACACAAUGUCAAACUAAAGAGCUAAACAUAUACUAUUAGCAAAAUAAGCACUUUUAUCUAUUUUGUUUCAAGAUCAUUGGUGACUGGCCAGUGUGCUCCUCAGUUUCCAAGGUUUGUAUAAAUAUCAUAAUUAUAAAAAUGUCUGAGGUACUAAAUUUAGGUUGGCUGUGUAUGUCUUAAUACAUAAAUACUAUUUUAUUGUUAUUGCAAUUAUAUGCCUUUUGAAUCUGUUUUCCUUAAUUGCAGAUAGUUAUAAAUGCUUGCUUGAUUUUUAGUUAUUAUUAAUAUUGACACCAGAGUUGUAGAUAUUUUGGUGUUGUUUAAUGUAAUAGAUCAAGAUACUAUUCUACUUGUAAGAUCAAUAAAAGUAAUUGGAUAAUCAAUAUGAACUAUAAAAGUA